ACUGGUGUGCUGGUGGAGUGGUACAGUGUAGCGCCCUCACCUCCUCCCCACGGAACACUGCUUGGUACUGUUCACUGUUCUUCGUGACGUCUGUGCUGUUAUACGCUGUUAUUCAGGUUAAGAAAAGGAGAGCAACUUGAAUUCAAUAUCUCUAGUGAAUACCAUAAAGCAGUGACGAGUGAAUGCGUCAGAUUCUGAUAAAAAACAAAAACACUGAACGCAGCACUGGACACUUGAGGGUACUGGAACAGUGAACGCAGCUGUGAUGCGAAAGUUGUGAACGCGUGGUGGUAGAUCUGUGAACACGAAGAAUCUCAGAUGAGGUGACAGUGAACAGUGACCGCGUGAAGAUUUGUUGUCUCAGUGACGUGUAUAAGAAUCUCUAACUACUGUAGUGAACGCCGACUCUUAUGGUAGUGACAGUAGUAUCGAAAGAGUAAACGCUAACUUUAUGUACAGUAAACGCAAAACGCCACAUUAGUGAACGCAAACUUUCAGACCAGUGAAUACAAGUGUAAAGGAAACUCAAAACAAACAUCUUUAUGCAUCCAGACGCAGACGUGGAACCUCCUGCACCUUCAGCCACCCCUUCAGCGGCGAGACGGCGGAAGAAGAGCGUAUGGCGGAAGUUGCUGCUCCUGGGGUGGAAGAACCUCCUGUUGAGGAAGAGACACUGGCUCCUCACCACCUUCGAGAUCCUCCUCCCGGCCCUCCUCUUCACCCUCCUCCUCACCAUUAGGUUACUCCCUGACAGUGAUUUCCUCCCGAAGUACAUUAAUAAGAACUCGACCUUCCCGCCGACCACAGAGUUGAACCUGCGGAAGAUUGUCUGUGGGCACUACGGUCACUGGAUGGACUUAUUUCUCAAGUGCUUGGUGAUUGAGAACUUCCUGCCAGGGGAUAGGAAGCUAUUCUAUGGUCCUCCUGGUAACUUCACACAGGGAGUCGCUGAAUACGUUGCCGAUUACUUGGGUCUUCAUCAUAGUGCCCUCGAGCCCGUGGCCACUAACCAUGACAUGGACGUCCUUGUCGAUAAGUCGUACUUCGAGACCAACAACUCCCUCGCCGCCUUCUACGUGGGUCUCUAUUUCCACGACCUGGACGACCCUGGACCCGAACCUCCCAAAAACCUGAACUACGACCUGAGACUCUCCGGGUACUGGCAAACCUCCCAGUUGUACCCUUUCCUUCAGAUACCAGGGCCGAGGAACUUCUCCAUAUUCGGUAACCUGGGGGGGAGCUACAAUAUGGGCGGCUUCACCUUGAUCCAGAGCGUCGUGGAUAGGUACUACAUCAGUCAACUCACCGGGGACGAAUCUUACUCAACCAAGUACAAGCUUGAGACGCAGAUGUACCCCUACCCGCCUUACGUACAGGAUGACGGGAUGAGUCAAAUCUACGGAUCCAUCCUCCCAACCUUCAUUGUGUUAUCGCUGGUGUUACUCUCUCCCUCCCUCAUCAAAAGUGUGGUGUAUGAGAAGGAGACUGGAGUGAGGGAACUGGUACGGUUGAUGGGGCUGGACGGGUGGUUGGUGUGGUUGGGUUGGUUCCUCCACUCCUUCAUCGUCAUCGUCAUCAACGCCACCAUCAUUACGAUACUCCUGAAGGUACAGGUGGCGUCGGUGCAAGAUGGAGAAGGAUACCUACCUCCCAUCCUCAAUUACAGUGACCCUUUUUUUCUAUGGGUCUUGUUGAUCCUCUACGGCAUCUCCUCCAUCGCCUUCUGCUUCGUCAUCGCCACCUUCUUCAGUAAACCGACUCUGGCCACUACUCUGGGUAUCCUGGUGUGGUUGACCUCGUACUUCAUCCCUCAGAGCCUCAUGGAAUACGACUACGACACUAUGGGUCUGGCUCCCAAGCUGUCUUCCUGCCUCCUCCCCAACAUGGCCCUAACCUGGGCCUUCAAGGUCAUCUCUAUGUUCGAGGGUAGAGCCAUCGGCGUACAUUGGGACAACCUGUGGGAAACGGGCAACAUUCGAGACCAACUGACGCCGGCCAUGAUCCUGUUAAUGUUGCUGCUGGACACUUUCCUCUUCCUGUUCAUCACCUGGUACGUGGACCAGGUCAGCCCGGGGAUGUACGGCGUCCCUCAGCGCUGGUACUUCCCUUUUCAGAAGACGUAUUGGUGUGGUGCGCCGCCUGUAUCUCCGGAGGACCACCAGCAGGAGACACCAGGCACUGACAAGGAUAACUUUGAGAGGGAUCCUGUAGGACUCACACCUGGCAUAGUCAUCAAGAACCUCAGGAAGGAGUUCAAGACGCUGGGAGGAAAGGUGAAGGUGGCGGUGGAGAACGUGUCCAUGACGUGUUACCAGGGUCAGUGUACCGUGUUGCUGGGUCACAACGGUGCUGGCAAGACCACCACCAUGUCCGUCCUCACAGGUGUGUACGCCCCAAGCGGUGGAUAUGCUGAAGUAGGAGGGUGGAACAUUGCCACCAACCUGAAGGAGGCGCGGGAGGAGGUGGGUCUCUGUCCUCAACACAACAUGCUCUUCGUCGACCUCACCGUCAUGCAGCAUCUUCUCUUCUUCGGCAGGCUGAAGGGGAUGACGACGAAGGAUGCGAAGGCGGAGGCGGAGGCGCUGCUGGAGAGGUUGGAGCUAAAGGAGAAGACGAACAUGUUUGGCAACCAACUGUCUGGCGGGAUGAAGAGGAAGUUGUGCCUGGCUAUCGCCCUCAUAGGUGGCUCCAAGGUGGUGAUCCUAGACGAGCCGAGCAGUGGGCUGGACCCUGAGUCUCGCCGGUGGGUGUGGGACGUGGUGCAGAGAGAGCGAGGGCGCCGCACCGUCCUCGUCACCACACACCACAUGGAGGAGGCCGACGUCCUGGGCGACCGAGUAGCCAUCAUGGCCUCCGGCAAGGUGGUGUGUGCCGGCUCUACACUCUUCCUCAAGAACAAGUUUGGUGACGGCUACUCCCUCACUGUGAUGGUGUCUGAGGCCACCAACAUGAAGGAGAUGAAACAAGAGGUAACCAAACACCUACCCUUGGCCACCCUCCGCUCCGCCCAGGGUGGUGAGGUCACCUUUAAACUCCCGCCCAACACCGCCCAGUUCGCCCCACUGCUUGACGCCCUCAGUCGUAGGAAGGAAGAGCUGGAUAUUCGCCACUUGGGCCUCUCCCUCACUAGCAUGGAACAGGUGUUUCUCAGAGUUGGUGAACUGGUGGACGGUCUUGACCCUAUCAGAGACGAGAGAGAUGACAGACGUGGCUCUCUGAAUGUCAUCCUGAAUGGCAACUUAAGUGACAGUCUGAGUGGCAACGAGAACAUCAACACGAACGGACACUUGGAGAACGCGGAUGCAUAUAGCAGUCAGCGUUUCUUGUUCAGCAGUCAGACCAACGUCGACGGACUGCUGUGGGGAAGUAAGCUCCUGAUGCAGAGGAUCAAGGCGUUCUUCGUAAAGCGCGCCAUCUAUUUCAAGAGGAAGUGGGUGCUGUUCCUCACGCAGGGCCUCCUGCCGGUACUGGUGACACUCAUGUGCCUGUGGAUUGACGCCUCCUUCAACGACGACAAGUUUCUAGAGCCUCCACUCCUCCUCAACAUCUCUAUGUUUCCUUAUUCCUCCUCCUUUGUCCUCGCCGACCCCGGGAAAGAGGACCUCGCCGCUGCCUACAAGUCUCUCUUCUGGGGUCCUCACGAGGUGACCAGCACAGAAAACAUGGAGGAAAGUCUUCUAAGUGAUGCUAAAGAACAUUUAAACAAGUAUAGAGAAAACAGCGUUUGUUCGGCAGAGUUCCUCAAAGUGUUUGGUCACACAGACAUGAGGAUGCUGUAUCAGUCCGUCCCCCUACACACCCCGGGGGUCUGCACCUCCCUCAUCACCAACGCGCUCCUCACUCUGGCUACAAACUCAAGCGACCGCUCAAUAAUAACCACCAAUAGGCCUUUACCUCCAAACAAAACAUGGAAGAUCGGAAAUACUCGUUCGUCCACCAGUGCCAUGGUCUACUCUAUGGUGAUGCCCCUCGCCCUGGCCUUCCUCUCAGCCUCCUUCCUGGUCUUCCCCCUGCAGGAGAGAGUAACCAAGGCCAAGCAGGUACAGGUGAUGACUGGAGCACCUGUAUGGGCUCUCUGGGUCACCACCUUCCUCUGGGACUUCUUCACCUACCUGGCAUCUGCUUUCAUCGUCUUCGCCUUCAUUAUGAUCUUCGACUCUAAGGGUUACUUCACUGUCAAUGAGGCACCAGCUGUGCUGUUCCUCCUCUUACUGCUGUACGGGUGGGGCAGCAUCCCUAUGGCCUACGUCUUCAGUUUCCCCUUCCAAACUGCUGCCUCGGGCUUCGCUGUUCUAACCCUCGUAAACAUAUUUGCUGGUCAGAUCAUCACGACGGCAAUAUGGGCGCUCAACCUCUCCCAGCAACCGAGCCUCAUCACCUUGAGUAACACCCUCAACUGGGCCACCUCCUUCAUCCCGACCUACCCGGCCUCCAUGGGGUUCUACCACCUGGUGAACACGAGUGUACACAAUGCCCAGUGUGACGUGUUCAACAUGACUGUAAAGAGCCAACUGUGUUCAAGUCUUGCUGAGUUCCUGCCCUACAGCCCCUUCGUGAUGUGUUGUCCUGAGUGUAAUGAGGUGGGAGACAAAACUUGCUUCGACAAGAGGUCGUACUUUCUCUUCGACGACUAUGGGAUGGCAGCUGACUUGCUCACUCUCUUGGGCAACGGGAUCAUCUUCCUACUCCUGCUGGUGGUGAUCGAGGCGGACAUCGGCAGGCAGUUAUCGAGGUCGUGGUGGCGGCUGAGGGCAGGUCUCAGCCUCAUAUGUUGCGGCAGUAAGACUCAGGUCGUUGUGAACGAGAACUUUCCACAAGACGACGAUGUGGCCACCGAAGCCGCCCUGGUGGACACCCUGAUGCUGAAUAGAAAGACGGCGAACGGGGAUUCACAAGUCGAGGCCACGCUGCUGGUAUCUGGCCUGUACAAGCAGUUCUACAGCUCCUCGACUCCUGCUGUCAAUAAGGUCAGCUUUAGAGUGGGCCGAGGCGAGUGUCUGGGCCUGCUGGGGGUGAACGGUGCCGGCAAGACUACCACCUUCAGGAUGUUGACGGGAGACGAGGAACUUUCCGGAGGUGAUGCCAUGAUUGGCACGAUCUCACUCCAGAGUAACGUGGGCAAGUUUGUACAGCAGAUAGGUUACUGCCCCCAGUUUGAUGCGGUUUUAGGUGAACUUACUGGGGUGGAGAUGCUCACUUUGGUUGGCAGACUUCGGGGAGUCAGCGAUGGUCGCAUGAAACAUACUGUCAACUCCCUGGUGUCUCUUGUGGGACUGACGGAGUGCGCUAAGCGGCCCUCCUCCACUUACUCAGGAGGUAACCGCAGGAAGCUGUCCACAGCCAUGGCCUUGGUCGGAAACCCGCCCCUGGUGUUCCUGGACGAGCCCACCUCAGGAGUAGAUCCAGCAUCUCGUCGUAGGGUGUGGACAGCCAUCAGACAAGCCAUAAACAACGGGCAGAGUGUAGUGCUUACUAGCCACUCUAUGGAGGAGUGUGAGGCGCUCUGCUCCCGUAUCAUCAUCAUGUCUCGUGGCAGUCUUCGCUGUGUGGGCACCACCGGCCAUCUUAAAGCAAAGUUCGGGCAGGGCUACAGCCUCCAGGUGAAGCUCAGGACGUAUUCCGUGAACGAACAGUGCCACUUGGAGAACGAGGAAGCGUAUAAUGCUAAAGUAUCAGAGCUGAAGACGACCAUCAUAUACCACCUGCGUGGCUCAACCCUCACUGACCAACAUAAGGGCAUGUUGGCCUUCAGAGUGUCCAACAGGAACUCCUGGGGCCACCUAUUUUCUGUGAUGGAGGCGCUGAAGGCUGGCCGUAAACCAGGCGCCGCGGGAAGCUGGACUGAGGCUGCCGUGACGACCUCCUCGCCCCUGGUGGAGGACUACGCCGCGUCCGACACCUCCCUCGAGCAGGUGUUUCUCUCCUUCGCCAGGGAGGCCGCGGCGGCGCAAGAACUUCGAGAUUUUCAAAUUCCCUGCGAAUUUAUAACUAAAUUAUGAGGAAUAGUUUUUGUAGUGAAUGUCGCUAUUUUGUUAUGAUCUUUAAGUAAUGUAAUACUUAGUAGUGGUGGUGGUAGUAUAAGUAGUAGUAGUACCAAAUGUGUUAUAUUUAUAUCAAUAGUAUUGUCAUUAUAAUCAUUUAUACUUGUCGUCGUCAUUACAGUCAUUAUAUCUAUCACUGAAGCACUUUUUGACCUCAAAAUAUAAUAUGUUGAUAAUUGUGUACACUUAUCGUCUCUCCUGUGCACUGAUGUGAGUCUUACUGCACAGCACACAGAGUUAUGUGUAUAUUUCUAAGAGUAUUUGAGACCUGACAUUGACCUUAUAGGUAGAGUGUCAACCUCUCUUUCUUGUAUGUUUUUUUUUAUUGGAGCACCACACAC